CCAAAUCUAUAUAGGUAGAUGUGACAGACAUGAGAUGAGCAGAGUCUCAGCUGGCAGAGCAGUAACACGAGCCAUGGAUGUAGUGCCUCCUGCUCUCUCCACCUCUCCUCUCCUAUUACAAUCAUCUGAUCCUCCUCAUGGUCAGCACACAGGGUAGUGGAUGUGAAGCGAGGCGGAGCAGAGCCCAUAUACCUCCCAGCAAAUAUGCAGGGGGGGCCAGCCACGACUAGAUGAAUGCUGAAACUUUCCCUCAACAUGGAGAAGUGUUCCGCCCGGACAAUGUGCUAUUGUUUUCAUUCAUCCCAGAAGUUCUGCCUUCCAUGCAUCACUUCUUCCCUGAGCAGGAAUCCUGGCAUCGCCUCGGAUAAGGUCUGCUGUGUAAGCUUAGAAGAACGUACACUGUCCUCAUUGCUGUGACCUCCAACCUACUGACUGUGAUGUCCAUCAGAAGGACCGAAGAUGAAAAGGCCGACCUGUAAAUGCUGCUGCAGGGUCUUAUUCAGGAUUCUGUUAUUCUUCUGUUUCAUGAUAUGUAUCCUGUACAUCGGCAAAGUGGGACUGGACGCCGAGACAUGUGACCUUCGAGCCGUGGACCCUGACUACAUAAAGAAUGCCCACGCGUUUGCCAAGAGAGUCAUGGAGGCCCAGUGUAGGCCGGCAUUUGCAAGAACAGAAAUGGACCGAUUGUUCGGAAGUAGAUACAACAUGGGCCUGGAAGGCUUUGUUAAGAAAAACGAGGACCUGAACGAAUCAUUGUAUCAGUACGGCCCACCUUUUGGGUUCCGCCAGUAUCUCAAGGAAGUUGAUGACAUUUUGGAAAUGGUAACCAAUGACGAUCUUCCCUUGGGACCAAGCUCGAAAGACUGCAAGCGCUGCAUUGUCAUAGGGAGUGGGGGGAUCCUCCAUGGUCUGCAGCUGGGACAUGCCAUCAACAAAUAUGACGUUGUCAUCAGAUUGAACAAUGCCCCAGUCCCUGGCUAUGAGAGGGAUGCUGGGAGCAAAACCACCAUCAGAAUGACGUAUCCAGAGGGGGCGCCAGUCUCAGAGCGGGAGUAUAUGAAUAACAGUCUUUUUGUCACCGUCCUCUUCAAACAUGUGGACUUUUUGUGGCUUCAAGCCGUUCUGAAGAAUGAGACCCUGUCUACCUGGAACAGGCUAUUCUUCUGGAAGAGCGUCACAGAAAAACUACCUCUUAAAUCUCACCAGAUCCGGAUUCUAAAUCCUCUGAUAGUCAAAGAGACUGCCUUGGAUAUUCUUCAAUUUCUCCCACCUGGGCAGAAGUGGUUGGGCUGGGACAAGAAUGUUCCCACCAUUGGAGCUAUAGCCAUGGUCCUGGCCACCCAUCUAUGUGAUGAAGUGAGUCUUGCCGGCUUUGGAUACGACCUCAGCCAGCCGGACAUACCCUUACAUUACUUUGAUAAUAGAUGCAUGAACGCAAUGAACCGUCAACCAAUGCAUGACAUCAGCAAGGAGAGGAAACUACUGCAGACUCUGGUGCGGGAAGGUGUGGUGAAAGACUUAAGUGGGGGACUCCAUUGUGAAUUCUGCCCCUCACAUCAGACUCAGGAUAUCACCACUGCUACAUAGAUGCUUGGAUUAUCAUGUGAUGAGGGAACGCUCCUUCAAGUGAUAUAAAAGCCGGCCUGUCUCCUGUGGAGUAUUUAGCACAUAGCUGCUUGAUGCUGCAUCGAGUUUCAUCUCCAUGACCCUCGGGUAGACCAGAGUGGUCAGCGCUCAGACUGCAGACAUGCAGGAAAUCCACACGUAGGUGAUCAUACCUGGGAGUGCUGCAAAACCAUCAAUAUCAAAGCCACGGUUUUACCUUACGUUCAUCAUUUUGGUGCAACCAAUACAAUUGCGGCAACAGAGAAUUGAAGCCUCUAUAUCAUCUGGAUUAAAUCAACUCUUCAAAAAUGACAUCUACAACUUGAUGCACUGAAGACCACAACUUCCGCUGUGCAUGCUGGUAUAUUGCCACCACUGCAGACCACUGGUUUACGGACGACUUAAAGCACAAGACGAUCAUUUCCAAUUAUUCUGUUGUAUUUUCUCAAUCAUGAAUACGUCCAGCUGCCCCCAUUAUCAGAAUGGGAGAGUAUUUGCAUCUCCUUACAGAGUACCACCGAAGGGAGGGAUGAUGCCAGUGUAUGAUGUAGACAAUCUUGAUCAUGCCAUGUUCGGGUCCAAGAUGGCAGAACUGUCAUUUAUUCCCUCAUAUGGAGGUCCCCCCUUCACUAUUGGGUAGUGACUUGAAGCGCUGCUUUAUAUGUAGCACUCACUCCUUUAUGCUGUCUUCAGAAACAUUGUAAAUAUCCUGAUACCACUUCACUAUACAGGAUGCAUGAGCUCCAUAUUGCCAUAGUAUGUGCCGGUCUUUAUACAUGGGCGAUAAAAGGUAUUGUUUCCAAGAACAGUGCCACACCUGUCCACGGGUUGUGUAUGGUAUUGCAGCUCUGCCCCUUCACUUUAAUAGAGAUGAGUUGCACUACCAGACACAAGCUAUGGUCAGGUGUGGCACUGUAUUAUUUUGUUUCUUGAAGAAAGCAACAACCCUUUUAAAGGUAAUCUGUCAGCUCUUUAUUAUGCUCAGAUCUGCAGACAUGGGCAGAUAGCUGAUGGGGAGAUAAAAGAAAUGAUACCUGUCUCUUAGCUGAUUGCUGUUUGCAGAAUUAUAAAAUCGUGUGGAGCUGCAGCAUGCAGGCCUCCUCUGCCACUCCACCUCUCCCUACUCUGCUUGAUUGAUCUACAAGGCUCAGUGCUGGAAGCCAAACCCUGCACAUCAACCAUGAAGAGCAGAAAGGGGUAGGGGAGGGAGGAGGCAUGCAUGCUGCUCAGCAUGGCCUCUACAACUCUUGAGCUUAGCAGGAAAACAUGAUUUUAUCACAUCACAAACAGCCAAAUGCUAAGAGGCAGGUAUCAUUUGUUUUAUCUGCCCAUGUCUGCAGUUCUGAGCAUGAUAUAGAGCUGACAGAUUCCCCUUAUUGCUGUAACUCAGGACAUCCCCCAAGCUUCUCUGCUCUUGUCUUGGUUUACAUACAGCGUUUGUUCAUUGUGCACUGGGGGUAUAAUCCAUACUACUACACAUUAGAGAGCACUGAUUCCUAAAAAUCAAAAAUAUCUCAGCUAUUAUAUCUGUUUCUAGGAAAGCUGGGUAAGAACUAGCUUCCCUAGUGUCCUGAAAGUGUCAAUAUAUGCAGUGAUCCAUUCCCUGUUCCUUGUUUCUGCAUUACAAGACAGAUGUGACAUUCA